GUUUCCUGUCAACACCCAGAAAGAUAAAAAAAAACUCCUAAAACUCUGUGAAAUUUGUUUAGGGCUGCUUGUAAUCUUCACUCUCUCUCCAUCUGACUGAAAAAGCAACACAGGAAUUAUUGGUUGAAACAAAAGGAUUAUUAAGAGAGAACAUCCAAAACUGUGACUUCCAAGGGCAACUGUUAAAUGUGAAAGUUAAACAAAGUUGUACAUUUCACUACCUUGUGCAGUGUAUCUAGUGUUCUACAAUGGCAGCAUCUGUCUCUGAGUUGUUGCUGACCAUUCUGGAGAAACUGGACAACAAAGAGAUGGAGAGAUUUAACUGGGAGCUGUGCAAUAGCAAUCUGAAAGAUUUUGCUAACAUUUCAAAGGCUCAUCUGGAGAAUGUCACAAGGCAUGCCACUGUGGAUAGGAUGGUGGAGACCUACUGCGAUGAGGGAGCUGUGAACGUCACAAUCAUGAUCCUAAGCAACAUGAACCUUAACAAACUUGCUAUGUCUUUAAAGAGAGAUCUUCCGGAAGAGGAAUCAACAAAGAAAAAAAGAAGGGAAGAGGGGAAAUCGGUGAGUGUGCUGAAGGACGACCUGAGAUCUGACUUAACACAUCUGGAGGAAAAGCUGGAGAAAUGUGUAAAUGCCCAAGAGAGCUAUGAUAGCAUGACUCAGCACACCAAGGACCAGCAGGUGGACACAACGAGGAGGAUCAGGGAAGAGUUUGUGAAGCUCCACGAGUUCCUGAGAGAGGAAGAGGAUGCCAGACUGGCUGCUCUGAGGGAGGAGGAGAAGGAAAAGGGAAUGUUAAUUGAGAAAGGCAUGGACAGCAUUGCUGAGCAGAUCCUCUCUCUCGAAUCUGCCAUUGAGGCUGUGAAAGAGGACCUGAACAAAGGCAGUGAAAACUUCCUUGUGAGUUACGAACACACCCAGGGCAGAGCCAGAGCCCAACUUGAUCUUCCGGAUCCACAGCUCGUCUCCGGAGCGCUGAUCGACAUCGCCAAACACCUGGGAAACCUGCAGUUCCAAGUCUGGGAGCAGAUGCAGGCGAUAGUCAAACACUCGCCCAUAAUUUUGGACCCCAACACGGCUCCCUCUACUAUGACUUUGUCUGAUGACCUCACCAGCGUGCGACACACAGCCGUAGAGAAGCAGCAGAUUCCGGACAACCCAGAGCGGUUCACACGGUGGGCAAAGGUCAUUGGCUCCACAGGCUUUGUGAAGGGUUCAGAGCAUAGCUGGGAGUUGGAGGUGGGCGACCAACCUGAGUGGAAUCUAGGCGUGGCUGCAGAGUCCGUCGAUCGGAAGGGAGAAGAUCUUCUUGCGUCACCAGAAUACGGAAUCUGGGCUCUACUGAAAAGGGGGCGCAAGUAUACAAAUGGAGCUGGUAAAACGCUCACUCUGAAGAGGAUACCCCAGAGGAUCAGAGUUCAGCUGAACUACGACAGGGGGGAAGUGGCUUUCUAUGACCCCAAAGACAAUACACACAUCUACACUCAUAAACAUAGGUUUACUGAGACGGUCUACCCAUACAUCUCUGUUUGGAAGAUGAAAGACGCCAUCAACCGUGAUAUACAUAUCUGCCCAUCAGAGGUGUCUGUGACAGUAAAAUCAAAUCAAUGAGACAGGGUGUUGUCACAUCGGCUGACCUGCUGGGCCAGCGGGCGGACCACCUCCUCCAGACCGCUGACCUGGCGGCUCCUCUCUUGGAGCUCCUUGUGCCUCAGCAGCACCUCCUGCUGGAGGAUUUCCAUCUGGC